AGUUGCCACUCCCCUAUUCUGCUUUCUCUUCUGGUUUUUUUGCCUUACCCCCUUUUAUGAGCUGCUCUGUGUUUAAGGUCUUCUGGACGUGGAUUUGGGGUGAGCGGAAUACCUUUGCAAAGCUGUCGGAGCCAUGGGGCAGGUGGAGGAACUGCUCAGAAUGGGGAGAAAGUUAGAGAAGAUGGUCUCUCGGAAGAACAUGGAAGGAGCUCUUGAUCUGUUGAAGAAACUGAAUAACUGCACAAUGACCAUCCAGCUGCUACAGACCUCCAGGAUUGGUGUGGCUGUCAACACAGUCCGGAAGCACUGCUCCAAUGAGGAGGUGGUGGCUCUGGCAAAAAUCCUCAUCAAGAACUGGAAGAAGUUAUUGGAAUCAUCUGGGACCCAGAAGAGUAAGAAGGAGAAAGAAAAAGGUAAAAAGCUCAACAUCUCUGGCUGGAAGUCUGAAGAUGACAUCUCUGUGAAACUCUCCAAAGGUUCUGAAAUAAAUGAAAAAGACAGGAAAUCAAACAAGUCCAUCACUCAGUCAGCAACUCCAAAGAGUUCUUCCCUGGUUCCCAAGCCAGAAAGGAGACCCUCCACAUGCUCCAACCCAGCUGCGUCUCCUACUGGGUCUUGGAAAAACUCCACAAAUGGAAAAGAGGAUAGCAAACCAAUGCCGAAUGGACCCAAGGCACCCACCAGCCCCAUCUCCCCAACGUUUGCAUCUUCUGCCACCAUUUUCCCGCCCUACUAUCUGACAGGAGACUCUGUCCGAGACAAGUGCAUCGAGAUGGUCUCUGGAGCUUUGAAAAUGGAUGAUGAUUAUAAGGAAUUUGGAGUUAAUUGUGACAAGAUGGCAGCUGAAAUUGAAGAUCAUAUCUACCAGGAGCUGAAAGGCACCGAUAUGAAAUACCGUAACCGUGUGAGGAGCCGGAUCAGCAACCUGAAGGAUCCCAAGAACCCCAGCUUGCGCAGAAACGUGUUGAGUGGAGCCAUACCACCCAGCCUUAUUGCCAAGAUGACUGCAGAAGAAAUGGCAAGUGAUGAAUUGAAGGAGCUAAGGAGUGCCAUGACCCAAGAAGCCAUCCGAGAACAUCAGAUGGCAAAGACAGGAGGCACCACAACAGAUCUUUUCCAGUGUGGCAAAUGCAAGAAGAAGAAUUGCACAUAUAAUCAGGUGCAAACACGGAGCGCUGAUGAGCCCAUGACAACAUUUGUGCUGUGUAAUGAAUGCGGGAACCGGUGGAAGUUCUGCUGAUGCGCCUUUCAUUUCUGCACAUGCCACUGGUGGUGAAGAUGCUGGCCUUUCCCAACAAGAGAGGGGAGAAGUUUUGACUGACCGCUGCAGAAAUGGAAGCAGGAAAAGGGGAAAUCCUGAACCGUGAAGGUGCUGGACUUUCAACCCCAUAACCAUCCAGUUUCUGACAAACACAAUACAAGUGAAUUCACUCAUUAGAAACAAUGGGAUUGGGGGGAAAUCCAGGUGGUGGUAUGAAGUUUUGAUAAAGCGGUAUGCCAUCUCAUGCCCAUCUCAUGCAAGCACAGAGUCCAGCAUCCUCAGCAUCUUCACUUCCUUAUUUAAAAAAAACAACAAAUAGGGUUCCUAGUCCUUCAGCUUGCAAAGGUAGGCUUGGUCUGGCCACCACAUUAGUGAAAUCCUCAAUGCAGAGGUAGGGCUGAGCACGAUUUGUCAGUCUUCAAGGUGUGCAGUUUCCAUGCCUUGCCAUGCUGUAUGCCCUGCUGAUAACUUGCUGUAGUCAAAGAAGGUCACAAAACUUCAGCUUUCCUUGUAGAUAAUUUUUUAUUUCAGAGCAGGUACAUCUUUGACUCUUAAUUACACAAUCCACUUUUGUGCCUCUGUUUUAUACAUAAUGUGCUGUCAGAGCAUGGUAUCCAUUUGAAGACUUCUUGGGGGAGUCAGCCAUUGGAUGUAAGAGAGCAGAGUAAUGCUAUCAUCUGGUUCAGUUACAUGAUCGGUGUGGGUUCAAGGGUGACCUGGGUGUGUUUUUCUUUCCAAGAAUGUCUGAAGUGUUCUUAACACCUUUGCUAAGUGGUAUGUCACCACUAAUAAUCAUGUACAUUAGUAAAUUCUGAAUUCUCAUGAUUCAUUGUGUGUCAGUCCUUGAGCAGGAGGAUGGAUCUCUACCACAGGAGUCGGCAACCUUUUACAAAUAAAGAGCAAAACUGUGUCAAAAGUCAACAGCAGAUCAACAAAGAGCCAGUAUUAGACAGCCUAUUUGCAAAUCUGAAUCUAUACUGAUAGUUGACACAUAAAUUUGGUAUUUCCAAGCCAAUUUGGUAUUUCCAAUUAGGUAUUUCCAAUUAGUAUUUGGUAUUUCCAGUUAGGAAAUGGCACCCAUAAGGCCUCGCAGUAAAUUAUACAUAGGAGCACCCUGGGCAAUAAUUUUGGAGCACUGACAUAAAUCUGUGCAUGGUUCACACUUGGACUCCUGGCAACUGUUGCCCUCCAUCAUUUCCCUUUUUGUAAAACAUCUAUGUGAAGCCCUUCAAUCCCCACAUCCUGGCCAUUGUAGCAUUCCCACCUAUCCCUCAAAUAUAUCUUAAUUAAAUGCUUCCUUUUCUUUUUAAAAAGAGCCAUAUUUGAUUCUGCCCUGAGCCACACUUAUCUAGAACCAUAGAUCCCAGAUCCCUACCCUACCAGAAUGACCCCAGCCUCUUUGGUUUAUAUGUGCUG